AUGGUCAAGAAGCCCAAAAAGAAGCAGGAGACUCCGGAGACCGGUGAGGAAGUCCAGGUUUCGGCACCGCAGAAACCAGAUUUCAAGAGCAAGAAGAGGAAAAGACAGGAAAGCAAAAGCGAAACCGUCGAGAUCGAAGCUGUCGAGAAGCCAGCUGAGAAAGAUGCUGAUGCUGCUGAGCGUCUCCGGCGGGCCCUGCAGAGGGACAUUCAACAGCUCGUUCUCAGGCUUCGCAGUGAAGGCAAGUCAAAGGCUGAAAUAAAAAGCGCAACCCAUGAGCUGAAGGCACAACAUGGAGCUGUCAGCAAGUCGAAAAGCUCGAAGAGCAGCAAAAAGCAGAAAUGGGAAGCCAAUGCGGCAGAAAGACGGAUCACGCACCUGCAGCGACAACAUGAUUUAGUUGUAAUCCCAGUGGUGUGGCGCGGGCGGCACGACAAAUUGGACCUUCUCCAAGCCGCGGAGAAUGUCAAAGCCUGCCUUGCGCAGCAGGGCUUGGACGUUUGGCUGGAUAGCAGGCGUCAUCUGACCCCUGGUCAAAAGUUUGCACACUGGGAGCAUCGUGGCGUGAUGCUACGAGUGGAGAUCGGACCACAGGAUCUGCAGGCGCAGGUAUGCCAAGUUUGCAAAGCAAAAACUGCUGGCGACUACCAGUCUGUUGAAAGGAAGCAGGUGCCGUUACCGCCUGCUGGCGCAAGAUCUUUGCUGCUACGGCUGAAAGAGUGGGGCUUGUCGCAGCUCGAUGUUGAAAGACGUGAUGGUGACUCCGAAGACGAAGCUCCAGAGGUGCGCGGCAGACACCAAAAGCCCAAGGCUGCGUCUGAGGAAGAAGAUGAAGUGCAAGGCAACUGGCAGCCAAGAGCCGCAGCGGCAGGCAAGAAGAAGAAGGGCAAGGUCCGUGGCAGGAAAGACGGUUCAUGCCCUCGAUGUCGCGAAGGUGGCUUUGAAGCUCCAGCAGACGCCUGCGGCAUGUCGUCACGGGCCGGGCGAGUGGGGCCUGUUCUGAGCUGGACGCUGGCACUUUGCGGCAGUCCCUUCCUAUUCAGGACGGGUGCGAUAUGA